GGUAGCAUUUCACUGUGUUACCACGUCAGUGAGUUUACGAAGUACAGAAGAGCCGGUGGCUAGUGUGUUAUACUGUAUAUACUAAUAUCUGCAUAUUUGACAAGGCACCGUCUCUUACAUAGAUUUCUAUCAUCAUAGUCGCUGAUGGUUAUAUGUUAGAAAAUACUGACAAUUUGCUUGCAGUGUUAUAUUAUUUAAUGCUUGCCAUAUUACUGCAUAAAUGAAGAGAAGUUAAGCAGGCCUCCAUUUUGGAUAAGGAUCCGGACUUUCAGCUUACAGAAUGGUGGACAAGAAUAUAUAUAUCGUUCAGGGUGAAAUCUCUGUUGUAGUUGGUGCAAUUAAAAGAACUUCAAGAUGGAGCACCCAUACUCCUUUGGAUGAAGAGCAAGAUCCACUGCUUAACAGUUUUAGCCAUCUAAAGGAAGUGCUCAACAACAUUAAAGAGCUUUCAGAAAUUGAACCCAAUAUCUUUCUAAGACCUUUUUUGGAGGUGAUACGAUCUGAAGAUACUACAGGACCUAUUACGGGACUUGCACUUACGUCUGUGAACAAAUUUCUCUGCUAUGGACUAAUAGAUUCCAACCAUGAAGGUGCAGCAGAAGGAAUAGAAAAUAUGGCUGAUGCUGUAACACAUGCCCGUUUUGUAGGGACUGACCCAGCUAGUGAUGAGGUUGUUUUGAUGAAAAUUCUUCAGGUACUCAGGACUCUAUUACUGACCCCUGUUGGAGCCCACCUCACUAAUGAGUCUGUUUGUGACAUCAUGCAGUCUUGCUUCCGCAUAUGUUUUGAAAUGAGGUUAAGUGAGUUAUUGAGGAAGUCAGGAGAGCAAACAUUGGUAGACAUGGUACAACUGCUUUUCUCAAGGUUGCCUCAUUUUAAAGAGGAAUCGAAAACCUAUAUUGGAACCAAUAUAAAAAAGCUUAAGAUGCGUGCCGGAGGAAUGAGUGACUCCUCUAAAUGGAAGAAACAGAAGCGUUCCCCUCGUCCGCCUCGACACAACCCUAGAGCAACCUCUGGCAUGAAUGAUCAACCAGCUGUAGCUGGAGUAUCUUUACAAAAUGUAAAUGGCAUAUCAUCUGUUAACACUCAUCCAGAUGGAGUUCCUUUUGUGGAGCAAACUACAGGUGGACUAUGCAGUGUUGCUUCAAGUACACUUGACAGUGUCCCUUCUUCUAUAUCCAGUCCAUCCACUGACAGUGGCCUUGAUCUGUCUUCUAAAACCCCCUCCAAAGAAGAUCUUACUGACAUAGAACACGGUAGUUCCUCAUGCACAACUCCAGCUGCAACACCUUCGUUAGAACUUACAGCAGGAAAUGUUUAUCCAGGUUACAGUGAUGAACAGGCAGAAAAUCAACGAGUGAAUAAAGUUCAGUCAACUUCAGUGGAAUCAAUUCCUGAGGUUUUAGAGGAUCGAGAUUCAAUUAUGGAUCACUCAGACACCGCAUCUGUGCAUGAUAUGGACUAUGUGAACCCAAGGGGAGUACGAUUUACUCAAUCUACACAGAGGGAUGGUGCCACAUUGGUUCCUUAUGGCCUUCCAUGUAUUCGGGAGCUUUUCCGUUUUCUUAUUUCUUUAACCAAUCCUCACGAUCGACAUAACUCUGAAGUAAUGAUCCACAUGGGCUUGCAGCUAUUGACGGUGGCUCUGGAGUGUGCACAUAUUUCCAAGUUCCAAUCUUUACUUGGCCUUGUUAAAGAUGAACUUUGCCGACAUCUUUUCCAACUCCUAGCCAUAGAGCGCAUGAACCAUUAUGCUGCUUCCAUUAAAGUAUGUUUUCUUCUUUUUGAAAGUAUGAGAGGACAUCUUAAAUUCCAGCUUGAGAUGUAUUUAAAAAGGUUAAUGGAUAUAAUUACCUCGGAAAACCCCAGAAUGCCUUAUGAAAUGAAGGAAAUGGCUCUUGAAGCAAUUGUUCAACUUUGGAGAAUUCCUAGCUUUGUGACAGAGCUCUAUAUCAAUUAUGACUGUGAUUUCUACUGCUCAAACCUAUUUGAAGAACUGACCAAGCUACUUUCCAAGAAUGCUUUUCCAGUCACUGGGCAGCUUUUUACUACUCAUCUUCUAUCACUUGAAGCAUUGCUAACUGUCAUUGACAGUACAGAAGCACAUUGCCAAGCCAAAGUAUUAACAAAUAUGACACAGAAGGAGAAAACCGAUGAUAUCAAACCUGUUCAGGAUCACAACAGUGCACAAGAAACUGCGGAUCUUGAAGGAAUGGUAAAUGGUUGUAAAGUACAACUGUUUUCAGAUAUAGAAGCAAAAGCAUCUUAUCCACCUACUAGUGGUAAUUUGAUGGCUGAUAAAAUGAAACAUGGACGUCAAGAUCAAGAAGAGACUGAAACUGUGGAGAAAAAGAUGCCAAAGAAACCUCUUAGAUUUUCUUCCUUUCUACCAGAUGCUCAGGAACUUUCUGCUAUAAAAAGCAAAAAGAAACUUUUGAUUACAGGUACAGAACAAUUUAAUCAAAAACCAAAAAAAGGAAUCCAGUUUCUCCAGGACAGUUGCCUACUUAGUAGUCCAAUGGACAACAAAGAAGUGGCUCAGUGGCUCAGAGACAAUCCAGGUCUAGAUAAAAAAAUGAUUGGAGAGUUUGUGAGUGAUCGUAAAAACAAGGAGCUUCUUGAGAGUUUUGUUGGGACAUUCUCUUUCCAAGGCCUAAGAAUUGAUGAAGCCCUACGGUUAUAUAUUGAAGCUUUUAGACUUUCAGGAGAAGCCCCCGUCAUUCAGAGGCUAAUAGAAGCAUUUACAGACCACUGGAAUAAAUCAAAUGGAUAUCCUUUUGCAUCAAAUGAUGCAGGGUUUUCUCUAGCCUAUGCUGUAAUAAUGCUUAACACCGACCAACACAACCACAAUGUCAGGAAGCAGAAUGUUCCGAUGACAGUAGAAGAAUUCAAAAAGAAUCUUAAAGGCGUAAAUGGAUCCAAAGAUUUUGACCAGGACAUGUUAGAAGAUAUCUAUAAUGCUAUUAAAAAUGAUGAAAUUGUUAUGCCAGAUGAACACACUGGCCUGGUAAAAGAGAACUAUGUUUGGAAUGUUCUUCUGCAUCGGGGAGCCACAACAGAAGGGAUCUUCCUGCAUGUACCUUCAGGCAGUUAUGACCUUGAUUUAUUCGCGAUGACAUGGGGCCCCACAAUUGCAGCACUCUCCUAUGUCUAUGAUAAGAGCUUGGAAGAGACGAUCAUCCAGAAAGCUAUUGCUGGAUUUCGGAAAUGUGCAAUGAUAUCUGCUCACUAUGGACUCAGUGAUGUGUUUGACAAUUUAAUAAUUUCUCUCUGCAAAUUCACAACACUUAGCAGUGAGUCUGUAGAAAAUCUACCCAAUCUUUUUGGAAGUAAUACAAAAGCUCAGUUGGCUGCAAAGACUGUAUUUAACUUAUCUCACCGGCAUGGAGACAUUCUUCGUGAAGGCUGGAAGAACAUAAUGGACUCACUACUUCAAUUGUUCCGUUCAGAGCUUCUUCCUAAAGCCAUGGUAGAGGUUGAAGACUUUGUUGAGCCUAGUGGAAAAAUAUCACUUCAAAGAGAAGAAACACCUGCUAACAGAGGAGAAUCUGCAGUUUUGAGUUUUGUAAGCUGGCUGCCUUUGCUAGGUGCUGAGCAGUCAGGAUUAAGAGGCCCCUCUACUGAAAACCAAGAGGCAAAGCAAAUGGCUUUGGACUGCAUAAAGCAAUGUGACCCUGAGAAGCUCAUUACUGAAAGUAAAUUUCUUCAGUUGGAAUCGCUUCAGGAGUUAAUGAAGGCCCUUAUCUCUGUAACUCCAGAUGAGGAAACGUAUGAUGAAGAAGAUUCUGCUUUCUGUCUGGAGAUGCUUCUGAGAAUUGUACUUGAAAACAGAGAUCGUGUCUCAUGUGUGUGGCAGACAGUAAGAGACCACCUGUGCCAACUUUGUGUUAAUGCUACUGAAAACUGCUUUCUGGUGGAGCGUGCAGUUGUGGGUUUAUUGAGACUUGCCAUACGACUUCUUCGUAGAGAGGAAAUCAGCUCACAAGUUCUUCUUUCUUUAAGAAUCUUGCUCAUGAUGAAGUCAAAUGUUCUUUUCCGAGUGAGCCGGGAGAUUUCUUAUGGACUUCAUGAAUUACUGAAGACUAAUGCUGCUAAUAUUCACUCCAGUGAGGACUGGUACACCAUUUUUUCCCUGCUUGAAUGUAUUGGAGCAGGUGUUAAGCCACCUCCAUCUGUUCAAGUUACAGUUGGCCCAGAUACUGACACAGGUGCACAGUCGGACAGUGAGGUUUCCUCCUACCAUUCCAGUGAGAUCACUCUUGAUCGUGGUUAUACCUCAGACUCUGAAGUCUAUGCUGAUCAUGGAAGACAGUCAAAGAUGCAUCGAUCUGUAACUGAUGUGGAUGUUGCAAACAGUGGUUGGUUGAUGGUGGGUAAAGAUGACCUAGAUAACAGUAAAACUCCAGCAUCAAGUGGAAAGCAAGCCCCUGCACUGGUUAAUCAAUAUAGCCUAACAUUAGGCCAAGACUUAGGACUUCAUGACACAAAAUCUCUCAUCAAGUGUGUUGAGUCCUUGUCUUUCAUUGUGCGUGACGCUGCACACGUAACACCAGAGAACUUCGAACUGUGUGUCAAAACUAUUCGCCUUUUUGUGGAAGCAAGUCUCAAUGGGGGUUUUAAAACACAUGAAAAGAAACCCAAAAGCCAUAAAUACGACUCUAAAUCCAAUCGAUUUCGAAAGAAGCCUAAAGACAAGGAAGGUUCCUCCAAGAGAACAAGACCAUUAUCUCAGAGGCCUUACCGUUCCCACAGUGAUGAUGAGGAAGAUGAGGGAAUUCCAGCCAGCUAUCACACUGUGUCAUUACAGGUUAGUCAAGACCUCUUGGACUUAAUGCACACUCUCCACACACGAGCAGCCAGUAUCUAUAGUUCCUGGGCUGAGGAGCAGCAUCACUUAGAAGCAGCAGGCAAGAAGAUAGAAGCUGAUUCCCGGACACUGUGGUCUAACUGCUGGUGCCCCUUACUCCAAGGUAUUGCAUGGCUGUGUUGUGAUGCCAGACGACAGGUUCGAAUGCAGGCCCUGACUUACCUACAAAGAGCUCUUUUGGUUCAUGACUUACAAACACUAGAUGCCCUAGAAUGGGAGUCUUGCUUUAACAAAGUUUUGUUCCCAUUGCUCACAAAACUGCUGGAAAAUAUUAGCCCAGCUGACAUUGGAGGAAUGGAGGAAACCAGAAUGAGAGCAUGCACUUUACUGUCCAAAGUUUUUCUUCAGCACCUAUCUCCAUUGUUAUCUUUAACAACAUUUGCUGCACUUUGGCUUACUAUAUUGGACUUCAUGGAUAAAUACAUGCACGCAGGAUCCAGUGAUUUGCUGCUGGAGGCCAUACCAGAAUCUCUUAAGAACAUGUUAUUGGUAAUGGACACUGCUGGAAUAUUUCACAGCACAGACUCUCGCACAGGAUACUCUGACCUUUGGGAGAUAACUUGGGAGAGAAUUGAUUGCUUUUUACCUCGACUGAAAGAUGAACUCUUCAAACAAACUGUAAUCACUGAGCCUGUAGCUAGCAUGCCAGCUGAUGUGCCACCUCAGAAACCUGCUCAAAUCGCCCUUGUUGCUGGAUCUGCAACAUCAGUGGAACAAAACUCAUCCAGGCCUGCAUCACCAGACGAGUUUGCCCAGCCUAAUAUAAAUGGUACUGAAAGAGCUUCCAAUGUGGUGAUCCCCUGUGUUCCAUCCGCAGUGCCUACAUCUGUUCCUGUUAAGAUAAGCCCUGCUGAAGUUACUGCAUCCAUCACUCAGCCUCCAUUAAUCCUGCAGCCCCUGGCAUCACCCUUGCAGGUUGGAGUACCACCGAUGUCUCUACCAAUUAUUCUGAACCCUGCCCUCAUUGAAGCUACUUCCCCCGUUCCUUUACUUUCAACACCACGUCCAAAUGACUCCACUGUUACACCAGAAGUCAAAUAAGGGGAUGGGGAUUUGAUCUCCUCGAAGUGGGACAAAAAUCAUCAGCCUGUUAAUUUUAUAUGGCAGAAGAUCAAUACAGAUGGAAUUGUUUUGAUAACACUUGAAUUAUUUAAUUACAUUUAUUUCUAAUAAAGUGAGCAGUCUCUGCUUUAGUCAGAUCUCCUUGGCCAACAAGGUUUUUGUUUCUAUGUCAAAUUGUAUUAUUUUGUAUUAUGCUUGGGGUUCGGAAAAUGAAGUGUUUCAAGAACAGUGUAUUUCACUGAUUUCUGUGUAAAUAUCCUAGGGGAGCAAUCAGCUUUUUGCAGUUUAAAUAUCCAAUAAAGUAAGGCUACUGGAGCAUGCCAUUCUUGAGCAGUCUAUAUAACAGUAUUUUGAUUUAUUCUACAAAAGUCAGCCUUAAUGUGCAUCACUGCCCUUAUAAACAAUAUUAGUAAUCAAUAAAUUGUUAAAACAAAAUUAUUCUUGUAGUCAAUAAAGAAAAGUAAAAUACAGCUUAACAGUUUCUCAAUGUAAAAAAAUUAAUUUUGAUGUCUGUGGGGAAAAAAAAAUGAAAAAUAAUAAUAUUAUGUAAACUGUGGUCUUCAUAAAAAAAAAAACAAUUCAAAAGCUAAUUGAUUAUUUCAUUUGUUUUAAAAAGUACAGUACCCGUUUACUAGGGGCAUCUUUUUCAGUUAACUACAAUCUGUAUUGUAAAUCUAAGUCAUUUUUGUUAUUUCUGCUGUUUAAAUACAGUUUGUAGUUAUGUACAUAAUCUAUUUAGGGAAAUUUUCCAAUUUUACAUGACUUUUUAUUGUAUACAUAUUUUAAAGAAUAUUAAAGAUGCUAGAAAGGGUUAUUUCUGAACUUUGCACAUUAUUCGUCAACAAGUUUAAAUAUCUUCUGCUAUGGAGUAUCUUUAUUUUCUUAAAGUUGAACAUAAACAAGGAAAACAGCCUUCCAGGUUUAAAAAAAAAAAGGGGGGUGGGGGGCAAAGCCAAACCACACAAAUACAAACACAGACCCCACGAAUGCAUCGUUCCUUUCAUUAACUUCACCAUGUAGCAGUUUUGCUUCAACAAAUAAUUUAAAGUCAUCCAGAUUUACUUUACAAAUGAAAAUGUGAAUAAGAACUUGCAUUACUUUGUAUAUUUUCCUAAAAAUGUUGCAUUUCUAAUGAUUUUCCCUGUCAUUGAAUGUUAUAAAUAAUCUUAGCAUUCUUAAGACCACAACAAAUAAUAAAUGUAAUGAGUCUUCAGUCUUUCUAACGAGACGGAAUGACUGACUGUCCUGAAUUUGGAUCGGGAUCCAAUGUGAUUUCUCAUUUUAUGUUUAGAAAAACAUUUGAGGAUGCCGUAUUUAUUUUUGACAAUUAAUGUGCCAAUUUAAUUUUACUAAUUCCACUAGAAAAUGAAAAAAUAAAGAGGAUUUCACAAUAUAUUUCUUUCUGACUCUUUCAGCAAGAUAUCAUUUCUCAUGUCUAAAUUCCUGCAUUGAGACCAGAUGAAUGUUUUAGAGAUGGAGCAUACUGUACAAUGAUAGGUGGUGAUUGCGUGAUCUGUGUGAGAAUCCAAAUGAGAUAUUCAGUGAAUAUUGUGAGGAUGGUAAGAAAUUUAAUAUCUCAUGAAAACUGUACAAUAAAUAUAAAGGCUAGGUCUGGCAACUUUGGUCAGCUCCUAUGUCAUCUUUGCCAGUCAUAUACAUGCAGGACACCGGCCUAAACACAGUUAAAUCCCUAGAAGCAUUUCAUUGUGUCGUAUACAAUUUACUUUUUCCCUAUAUUAAUCAUUCCUUCAUCCUUUUUUUUUUGUAGUUUUCACUGGAGGUUCAGUAUGUUUUAGCAAGCAAAAUGAUUUAAUUUAAUUCAAGUGAAUGUUGACAUGGGCUGAUUAAAAUAAAAAACACUCGUAGGAUAUUAAGAGUUGUAGUGUGACACACUAAAUGUCUAUGUGAUCCAAAGAAACUGUAGAUUACGGAUAGACGUUUUUACCGUGCAUGUACAGCGUAUCGACAUUUUGCAGUAUGGUUGUGGAGAGGCUGUGUCCCCCCCGUUUCAGCUCUGUAAGAAUGUGGAUGAUUUUCCCCCGUUAUACAAAUCAGAAACUGGAACAGUGUCCUUCUGCCACAGAAUACUGAUUGAAUUUAUUUUUAUGGACGAUUAUUUUUUGCUGCAUUUUUAAAAAUUUUUUAAAAUGGACGUGCAUCAGUUGUAAUAAGUGGUAUAUAAAAUAAUGGCUGAUAUUUAUUAGUAGGUUAAAGGCACCACAAGGUAGUGGAAAUAUUUAGUGAUGUUUAGAUUGUACUAGAAGGAAUGCAAUAUGGGUAUAAUGUAAAUAUAUUAAUAAAUGGUAAUAAAAGUUGAAAUUUUUACAGUGUAACAAAGUAUAAAUAAAGAAUUUAAAUCUUA